AUGAAUAAAAUAUAUAUUAAGGUUGCUUUAGCACUUUUAGGUAUCGCAGGAUAUAUGCAAAAUGUAGCAUUUGCAAGCGAAACUGCUGAACAAAUUUGUAAUAAAUACUCCCUCAUCAACCAUGGUCCAUUAGCAAUAUAUGAGCAAUACAAAGAUGAGGCAUGUAUCAACCCUUAUGAAGCUUUAGAAGUAAUGAAAUAUGCAGUCAAUUCUAGAGAUAUAUUAGCAAAACUUUCUGAGGUUGAUGUACACGAUUACUCGACCUAUUCUACAGAAAAUGGACACAUAAUAUAUAAUAAGAAAAUUGGAAAUAUGGACAUUGGAAGACUUGAUUUUACCAUUCCAUCUGCCUCUAAAUACGAAGAUGUAUAUAGGCAUUACUGGGAUUUCAAAUAUGACAAAACUCCAGAUAAGAAAAUUAUUAAUGAAAAAGUUGCUCGUUUAUACUGCAAAAAUCUGGCCGUAUUUGAAAAACAUAACCCAGAUUCUAAUUAUACACCCCUCAAAAAAGUAUAUACUAUAGGCUCAAGAACUUAUAAAGAAGACUUUAUUGUACUUACAUUUCCUUCAAGAAUUCUAAAUUUUGACGGUGAAAUCAAUAAAGAAACUGAAUUGGAAGAAGUUUACAGAAAUCAAAAAUUAUUCGAACUUGACAUUGAUCCUGAGGAAGCAUUAAACAAAUAUGGUGAUAAUAUAGUCGGAUUUGUAAUUAAAAGCGACAAAGAUAAUGAUCAAGUUCGUGUUACUUAUAUCAACGCUAUCUAUGAUAAUGGCAAUUCUACCGAGUUUGCUGACAAUAAAAGACAGAGAGCUCAUGAAUAUACAAAAAUCCUAAAGUUAGCACAACGCAUUAUAGCUAAUGAUUUCGAUUAUCCUCCACGUGAACCUGCUCAGGCAAUUUAA